AUGGGGGAGGACGACCAGCGCCGCUGGGACUACAACUUCCACACCGACACGCCGCUGCCGGGGCCCGGCCGCCUGCGCUGGGAGGAGGUGGAGGGCGGCGCCGUGCCCGCUUUCUACCGGGAGACGCUGCAGGUGGGGCGGCACCGCGUCCCUCUCCGCAGGGCGCCCCCCUCCCCGCCGCCGCCGCCCCCCGCCGCCGGCAAGGGGCCCGGGGGGCGAUUGAGCCGGGAGAACCGCGCCGCGCCCCAUUUUUGCACUACGGCACCCACGGGAGAGGCGCGCCGCCCCCGGAGGCGCGGCGCCCCGAAGGCGCGGGAGGCCAGGGCGGGCUGCGCGGCGAGCGGGGACCCCUCCCGCGCCCACCGGGAGCGGGAGCUGGAGCGGAGCCGGAGCGCCUGCUCGCCGGCCGCGCACGGAGCAGUGUUAACCUCCCAAAUACCUCGGCUGGAGGAGCCGCCGCCUGCCCCUGAGGUGUGCCCGGCCUGCCUGGGGAGGAAGGCUCUUGCCCAGGCACGGGGCUCUUCACCACAGCCGGUGACUCCAGUCCUCGGGCAUCACCCCGGAGGAGCCGGUGGGUUUCCAUCCCGCCACGGGGAGGGUGGGAUCCCACAGCUGGCCGGGCUGUGCUGUGCUGUGCCGGGGGUGCGGGAAGGUCUUUUCUGCGCCGCACUUGAAGCUGUUAGCAGCAACCGGUCCUCUUUGCAACGUCUGGGGCUGGCGCGCGGUUCAGCACCGGGGUACAAAUGUGUUACAGUCCUCGCUGAACACACUCAAGGUAACGCGACAGCUCCAACACCUGCAAUCAGGGAUGUUGCCACGGACUGCAGAGGUGAUGGCCACCGCAUUUCAAGCAUCAACGGUGUAUUGGAGAUGGCAUUCCCAGAAACAGCACCUGCUUAA